UAUGGGUUUUAUUCUAAUACCAUCAUCAUCAUUAUAUAUUUAAUUACAUGACCUGAAUGUAUUAACCGCAUCGUCUUCACUGUAGCCAUAUAAUUUUCCACUAGGUUAUACUUUCUUGACCGCAGCUGUAAAUGGUUUAAAACCGGUCAAGCACUGUGUAUUGAAGGGCGCUAUCGUCAGUCAGUCUCGUGCCUUGGAUGAGUCCCCGUCGCGCGCGGUCCAGUCAGAAAAAAGCGGCUUCUACUGGAACGAGCUCACCCGUGAAUGCGCCUCCGAGAAGUUAAAACAGCUGUCUAUCUGCAGAACACGACACGGGACCACGGAGAUACCGAGAUAAUGCUGUUGUAAUGCCUUGUUCUGAGGGCAAAGAGUCAAAGGAAGUAUUUUUGUAUUGUUUAUUCUCCUGCGCUACAUUGUAAAGUGUUUUCCAACAAGAAGUCGCGGAUUCAUGAUUUGUUUUUGUCCAGAACCGAUGAUUAGGCUUUACUGACGGGGUCUCGAGUUCUCGAAUGAGAUUUUAAGGGUCCAGAAGCACUUUUUGUAAUAAGGAAUGGCCACGGCACGGCUGGACUAUAUCGCUCCAUGGUGGACCUACUGGCUGCACAAUUUCCACCACUUCAACUUCACCUUCCAGCCUGUUGAUAACACCUUCAGACGGGAGGCGAGCUACCAGCAGUCUCUGGUCUUCCUAGCCUGUAUAUCAGCUGCUGGACUCGUCCUGAGCCUCCUGCUGCUGUCUGUCUACCUGACCAGUGUGUGCUGCUGCAGGAAGGAGGAGGAGGGGGAGACCAAGAGGCCUGACUCCUGCUGUGUCUCCUGGACCGCUGUCAUCACUGGGCUCAUCCUAUGCUCUGCUGUUGGAGUGGGUUUCUAUGGUAACAGUCAGACCAAUGACGGGGUGUACCAGCUGACCUACUCCCUCCACAAUGCCAACCACACUCUUACCAACCUCAACAGCUUGGUCUCCAGUUCUCUGGGCAGUAUGGAGGUGGGUCUGCAGCAGCACCUGAAUCGUCUGGAUGAGAUCUUUGCUACGCGGGGAGACUAUGUCCAGGCCUUGAGGUUCAUGGGUCAGAUGGCUGACAACAUCAUCAGACAGCUGACCUCCAUGCCGGACCUCAGCAAGGCAAAGGUGGACCUGUCGGCCAUCGCUGAUCAGACAGAUCACGUAGAAUACUACAGGUGGCUGACAUACCUGCUACUGCUGAUCCUAGACCUGGUUAUAUGCCUGGUGGCCUCUGGGGUGGCAAAGCAGUCCCGGUGGCUACUCACCAUGAUCAUGGUGUUUGGGGUGAUAUCUCUGGUCCUGAGCUGGGCAUCACUAGGAGCAGGCACUGCUACUGCCGUGGGCACCAGUGACUUCUGUGUGUCUCCAGACAAGUUCAUAGCAAACAGGACCAAGGAGUUCCUCAGUGCAGAAGUGACACACUACUACCUGUAUUGCAGUCAGAGUCUACCCAACCCUUUCCAACAGUCUCUGACUAUCUUCCAGAGGUCUCUGACCACCAUGCAGAUCCAGAUACAAGGACUACUGCAGUUCUCUGUACCUGUCUUCCCUACUGCUGAGAGAGAUCUUCUGGGCAUCCAGCGCCUGCUGAACUCUACAGAGUUCAACCUGAACCAGUUGACAGCCCUGCUAGACUGCAGGGGGCUCCAUAAGAACUACCUGGAUGGUCUGAUGGGUGUGUGUUACGACGGGGUGGAGGGUCUCCUCUACCUCUGCCUCUUCUCUCUGCUGUCGGUCAGUGCCUUCUGUGCCAUGCUGUGUGCCAUCCCCCAGGCAUGGACCCUCAUCACCAGCAGGGACAGGGCCUAUGACGACAUCGAUGAGGAGGAUCCGUUUAACCCCCAGGCACGUCAUAUGACCUUCAACCCCAGUAGAGCCAGCCAUGUACACAGCUUCUGUAGCUACAGCAGCAGUCUGGACAGCCAGGCCAGUCCACACCCUCCACCACAGACUGCCGCCAUCCUCCCCACCUCAGAGUACAUGAAUCAGUCCAUGCUGUUUGGAGGGAACCCUCGUUAUGAGAACGUUCCCCUGAUCGGGAGGGGAUCCCCGCCACCCUCGUAUUCUCCAAGAAUGAGAACCACCUACCUGUCUAUGACUGACGCACAGAUCAGACACUUUGGGACAGACUUCCAGCAGGUAUAGCCCCCAACUAUGGCCUACUGGUCCCCCUCAGGAAUGGUCUGUCUGGGACUACCACUGUACUGAGGAAGGGUCUGUCUGGGACUACCACUGUACUGAGGAAGGGUCUGUCUGGGACUACCACUGUACUGAGGAAGGGUCUGUCUGGGACUACCACUGUACUGAGGAAGGGUCUGUCUGGGACUACCACUGUACUGAGGAAGGGUCUGUCUGGGACUACCACUGUACUGAGGAAGGGUCUGUCUGGGACUACCACUGUACUGAGGAAGGGUCUGUCUGGGACUACCACUGUACUGAGGAAGCAGAGUUUACAGAUCACCCUGUCCGUGGAUGUCUCACCCUGCUCUCCUGGCCAUCUGUUACUUAAAUGCAGGUGGUAUGGGGUCAACAACGGCCCAGGAACACACUGACGCUCUCAAAGUCCUGUACUGUAGAAACCAGGAGACUACAUAGAACCCUGAAAAGUGCACUUUCAUCUCUCCCCAAACAAACCAACAAUUCAGUUAUGUUUUCUUCAAAUGUGAGUGUUCGUCUCGAGCCAGAUCAGAAGACAUGAUUAUUAUGAACCAAGUUGAACAUUUAUAUAUUUUCCUGUGAGUGACGUCACCUUUGAUGGAUUUCAGGGGACAGCAAAUAACCAGAUUGAUUUUCUUCACAGCCAUAGACUGUUAAAUGGUUAUUACAUGAACAUGUCUUCAGUCUUCCCCAAACCGGUCAUCACUAUUACAAACUGUCAUCUAACCAGUCUAGCAUUCAGCUCCUCUUACACUUGACGACACAGCUCUUACACUUGACGACACAGCUCUUACACUUGACGACACAGCUCUUACACUUGACGACACAGCUCUUACACUUGACGACACAGCUCUUACACUUGACGACACAGCUCUUACACUUGACGACACAGCUCUUACACAUUUGACACAACCCAAAGUCUUCAUGAUGUCUUCCGUCAGAGUGAUGAGUCAAAGUUGAUGAAAACGGACCACGUAUUUAUUGUCACUUAUCUAUCAGGUUAUUCAUUGAUAUCAAGGAAUGGCGAAUAUAAUGGACUUAUUUUUAAAUGUGACUGGAAAACAGAUCAUUCAUUGAAAUUGUGAUGAUGUCUACACUCUUAGAGAAAAAGGUGCUGUCUAGAACCUAAAAGGGUUCUUUGGCUGUCCACAUAGGAGAGCCCUUUGAAGAACCCUUUAUGGUUCCAAGUAGAACCCUUCUGGUUCCAGGUAGAACCUUUAGGGGUUCCAUGUAGAACCCGAAAAGGAUGGAACUCAAGUGUUCUAUCUGGAACCGGAAAGGGUUCUACCUGGAACCAAAAAGGGUUCUAGCUGGAACCGAAAGGGAUUCUCCUAUGGGGACUGCCGAAGAACCCUUUUAGAACCCUGUUUUCUAAGAGUGUACUCUAUAUGUAUGUGUAAGGGGGACUGAGGAGAAAGGAUGCAUGAUGAUGUUUCUAACGCCUUUAUUUCCUGUAACCUGUUUCUCUCUGUUCUCCUAUGCUGUGUCAUCCUGCAUGCUGUGUCCUGCUCAAUUCUAGCCUGGAUCCCCGACUGAAUAUCAGUCCGUUUCAUUAUUGUGUCAGUGAAUCAUCAAAAGGAAUAAAACAGCGAUAUUCAGUUUAGGUUCCAUGCCAGUUCAUUUCAGGAUGACACCGAGGGCUUUACCGUAGCUUGGCAUCUACACUGAAUAUUGCUCUGGUUCACUAUUGUGUCACUUGAAUCUGUGGCUGUGUUCCAAUAAUCUCUUACUUGUUCACUUCCCUGCAUGGAAAGGAAAUGACUGUUCCUUUAACCCGAGUCCACACCAAUCCAAUGCGUUUGAACUUGUAGGGAGUAGUGAAUGAGUUCACACAGGAGGAUGGAGAGAGCAUUGGGUUGCACCGUCUGAAUUACAGUGAUAUUUCAUUUGGAUUCUAGACUAUCGGCCUACUGCCUGUACAUUAGCAUGUUAAACAUUUCCUGGAUAGGAUGAGAGGAAACCAUCAACAACUGAAAUGGUGUUGAUGGUGAAUUACUGGUAAGUAUUAUCACUGAUGUGAUGUUUAUUGGAUGUUUGUUUGUUUACUAGGAGUUGGACACAAUCACAGUACUGCAGGGGCCCUUAACAGUCAGAUAACCCAUCAUUGUACAGUGUGAAUUCUUUGUUGUGGUCAUGCUUUUCUUCUUUGUUUGAAACCUCUCAACUACUGUUUAUUUUCUGCGUUUGUUGAAGUAUUGGACCAGGUGUAUCAAUUACAUUAAAACAAAUAUUUUAAAAAGC